AUGGCCCCAAGACAACAGCAUAAUCCAGCGGCGCGAUCCGCCACUUGCGGGGUAUCCCGCCCAACGCAGCAGCAAAAGGAGACCUGCACGGACUACCUGCUCUUCGACGCCACGCUGCAAGAAUUCCUAACCUACAAGCGCGACGUGCAGGGACGACCCCCCUGGCUCGACUGGACGGACGACGGCUGUUCAGCCUCGAUGGACUACCCGCUGGGCUUCAACUUCCAUGACAGCUGUCUGCGCCACGACUUCGGAUACCGGAAUUACAAGGAGCAGGGGCGCUUCGACCACGCCCCCUCGAAGAAGGCGAUCGAUGCGCGCUUCAAGCAGGAUCUGGUGGACAUGUGUCGCGGGGUGACGACGCCGUGGCAUCGCAUCAAUAGUCAUUGGAGCUGCGUCAAUUGUGCUCAUCUGUACUAUCGCGCGGUGCGGUGGUUCGGGAAGUUCGGGAGGCACGUCCCUAGAGUACCUCCGUUUAGUAAGAAGCGGUAG